CGGUUCGACCGAAUUUUCGGUUGCUCCCAUGAUGAUAUUGACUAUUUCAUCUUAUGGUUCCUAUCAAGAGAAAAUGAAUUAUCCUUUUGGGUCUCUAGCUCGGAAAAUUAAUUUGGCAACCCAAAACAUCUUUCGGACCCGAUACGAGUACCCUUAUUUCACCUUCCUUGCCCACAUGAUGAUGCUCUACAUAAAUACCCCGUUGUUACCGUUACGUUUCUCAUCCUCCCCCAAGCUAUUUUACAAGAACAAGAAUCGUUAAAGGCGCAGCAACAUCAACAACAUAUCAAAUUUUCAACCAUGACGACUCUUCCAUCAACAUUCAAAGCUCUACGCUUCAGCACCCUUGCGGGACCUCUAACCAUCGAAGAACAAAAGAUCUCUUCGGUCCACACACCCAAAACCAUCCUGAUCAAGGUUCAUUUUGCGUCUAUUAACCCGGUUGAUACACAACUAUGGCGUGCAGGCAUGAUUGCUCUUGUUUCCAGUUCCAAAGGUAUGGGACGUGAUUUCUCUGGCACGAUCGUGGAUAUUGGGAAUCAGGUGAAGGGAAAUUGGUCUAUUGGAGAUGAAGUAUUCGGGUUUUUGUUCGAAAUGGUAUGUUUAUUCAUUCACUAGGUUUUUGGAGUCUUGGAAUUUAUUGAAAUGGGUUACUGAGAGGAAGAUAGUACGGCCAGGGAACAUUCAGUCAAUAUAUUACUCUUGAUCCACUUUCACACCCAAUGGUCAAGAGACCCAAUUGCUUAUCACGUGAAGCUGCAGCAGCUAUUCCACUUGCUACACUGACGAUGUUUUCUUCUUUCAGUUGGAUUCCUCCGGCUAGAGGUACCUCGCAGAGAAGAGUGAUUGUGCGAGGGGCAUCAGGAGGAUGUGGAUCAUGGGCUGUUCAAAGUGAGUCUCUGCCUUUCCCGCAGAAAUCUUAUAAAUUUUGUGAACUGAUUUUAACAAACCUAAAAGUGGCAAAACAUAUGUACAAUUGUCACGUCACAGCCAUAUGUUCCAGCAAAAACGUAGACUAUGUCAAAAGUUUAGGAGCCGAUGAAGUGAUAGAUUACACUUCCCAACCAGUCCUACAAACAUUGCUCGACAGCAAAACUGCAUCAACUGAUUUCGAUCUUUUGGUAGAUUGCGUGGGUGGGACAGAGCUUAUUCCUUACUACGUACGUUUCCUCACAAACUCAGAGUCCUAUCCUAUUCCUCUAACAAUUACUCACAGCAUGAACUUCUUCAUAACAAGGGAGCAUACGUUACAAUAGUAGGCGACAAGACUGACCUACAUGUCAUGGGAGGUCCCAUGGCAUUCUUGUCUCAUCCCAAAAUGAUAUGGAGAUUUAUAGCAGGCUGGAUAUGGGGUCCUCGCUAUGCAGUUAGUGCUAUGAAUAGAGAUCCCAAAUGUUUAGAGGAGAUUGUGAAAUUAGCAGAAAGAGGGGAAGCGAAGGUUGAGAUUCAGGAAGUUAUCAAAGAUGCAUUGAACGAGGAGAAACAGGAGUGGCUUAGAGCUAUUGAGACCAUUGAGAGUGGGAGGGUAAAGGGGAAAAUUGUUCUUGAGAUUUUGUAAUGUGGAUGACUAUCUGGUAAAAAUAAUAUAAUUUUGACUUGGAAGGGCCCCGGAGCUAUGGAUUCAAAAUGUCCCUGGUUGAGAGAAACUAUCCGUCUAGCCAGUAGUCUUCAGAAUGCGAUUAUCCUCUGUUUUCUAUGUAUUUGACGCAUAUUGUAGCGGAAUCUAUUCAUUGAGAGGCUCUGGAGGCCAUUAUUACUUUUAACUCUAGCGCACAUCCUCACGGGAGCAGAAGUGCUCUAAUUAAAAAGGCUUAGUAGCCUCAUAUUUC